AUGAGCGCCCCUGCAUCUGAGACGCCUUUGUGUGAUGCUUGCCAGGAUGCAGGCGACGUCACUUCCAACGCCCACAUAUCAUCGAAUACCGGUAGCGGACCUGACCUCGCCACAGUAGGCGACUGCGAGCCAUCCGACUGUCAACAAGAGUCGAGAGACGAGCCUAACUAUGCUUGGCGUGCAACCAAUAUGGGCGCGUCGAGUCUGCGAGAGAUGGGUCCUCUGUCGAUGAGCGACUUCAGCCAGAUCAUCGAAGGAUAUGAAGAGAUUCUUGAGAAUCCGCACGUUGCUAUGAACGCUGAGCGCGACGUGCCGGACGUCAGCGCGACGAUCUUUGCCGAGUUCGUCAUGCCAGACUCAACGACGGACUCAAGCGAGCUCAUACAGCGCUGGCGACGUAUUCUACAGCGAUGGUUACACGCUCUUGAAGAUUGA